AUGAAUGCCCCAAAAGCUGUCCCUGCCAGGAGAGGAGCACACUCAAAGGUAAGGUCGCCUAAGCUGCUCGAGAUCCUGAGGGCUCUGGAGGAGGAUGAGUUUGGCAGCAACAGGGAGGAGAUUUUCAUUGCACCCCCUGACAGUGCCUCUGGGGACUUCACUGAUGAGGAUUCUGGGGAAGAAGACAGUGACCAGAAUGGUGCCCAGCUGCCUACGGGUGCUAUGCGCAUCAGUCGUGAGGAGGAGGAGGAAGAGGAGGAGAAGAAGGAGGAGAAACCAGAGCUGCAGCCAGCCAAGAAAAAGCAGAAGGCAGCAGGUGAGCCUCAGUGUGUUUGAACCAAGAGAGCCAUCCAGCCAGAUAGUUGGAAAGCCUCUGAUUCUCAUAUAGAGGACCUCAAAACCAGGGAGCUGAGUACCAUGAGCCUCUUUGAACUGUUUUCUGAUGACGAGAUAAUCAAUUUCAUUGUUCAUGAAAACUGUUAUGCUCAGCAGAAAAAUACCACCCUAGAUCUCAUGGCCCAGGAACUGAAGUGUGUUCUAGGCAUCUUGAUUUUCAGUGGGUACAUCUCCUAUCCAAGGAGGCAGAUGUUUUGGGAGACAGCUCCUGACUCUCAUCAUCGCCUUGUGGCUGGUGCUAUCAGAAAGGACAGAUCUGAGCUGAUCUUCUCCUACCUGCAUUUUGCAGAUAACAGUGAACUUGAUGAAAGCGAUAGGUUUGCCAAGGUCAGGCCCCUCAUCAUCCGUCUGAACUGUAACUUCGGGAAGCAUGCUCCCCUGGAAGAGUUCUACAGUUUUGGUGAAUCCAUCUAUGAGCACGUUGGGCACUGGGAGUCCAAGCAUCUGCACUCAGGGAAGCCAGUCUGGCUGGGCUACAAGAUCUGGUGUGGGCCGACCAGCAGAGGCUACCUGAUGUGAUUUGAACCAGACAGAGGCUUGGAUGUAGGGACCAGUAUGGUGGUCAGCUUUGUGGAUGCACUUCAGGGGCAUGGCUGCCUACCAUACCACAAAUUCUUUGACAAGGUCUUUACAAGUGUCAAACUGAUGUCCAUUUUGAGGGAAAGGGGAGUGAAAGCCACAGGAACUGUUUGUGAGUACAGAACCAAGUGUUGUCACCUCAAGGAUCCUAAAGAACUGAGGAAAAUGAAAAGGGGCUCUUUUGACUACAGGGUGGAUGAAAGCCAGGAGAUCACUAUGUGCCGCUGGCACAACAGCCACUUGGUAAACAUCUGCUCCAAUACGGCGGUCAUAGAGCCAGUCAGACUGCCCAGCCACCACCAGGGAGCAGCCGAAGCUCAGGCAUAGGUCCACCAGCCAUCCUUGGUGAAGCUUGAUCAGGAAAAGGCCAGAGAGGUUGACCAGACGGACCAGAGCAAGUAUAAGGUAAAGAUCCGGGGCAUGAAGUGGUACCUGGGCAUCAUCAUGGAUACAACCCUCAACAGUGCAUGGCAGCUGCACAGGAUGUGCUGCCAGGACAGGUAUUGGACAACCUGCUCACCUACUGCAGGCCCAGUAUAUCUGGAGAGCAAUGCGGACACGUCCUCACAGGGGAGGCAGAGUCAGCCGGUAGAAACUGAGAGCCGCUUUGAUAUGAUUGGACACUGGAUUAUCCAUCAGGACAAGAGGACCCAGUGUGCCCUCUGCCACUCAUAAACCAACAACCCCUGUGACAAGUGUCAGAAAGGUGUCCAUGCCAAGUCCUUCUGGGAGUACCAUAUUACUGCUUCUUUGGGCUAUAGUGACAUCACUGGGAGGACUUGCGGGUUUUCUUUGUGGCACUUUUGA